AACUUAUGGAGAGAAAAACCAGGCUGCUGGAAGGAAGGCAAGUUUCGCAGCCCUUUGGCCGCCUCGAGGUUUCCUGCUGGCUCCUCCUGAACGAACUCGCUGUUCCCUGAAACAAGUCGCCUUUCAGCCGAUCGGAGGCGCGGUCAGUGGGCUUCCCUGUUCCCAGUGGAGCGUCAAGGCAAGAGGCGGCUCUCUUCCCUAGCCAGACCAGGUGCGCUUCCGAGCUUAGCGAGGCGUCGGUCUUCUUCUGAGCUGGAGGGCUGGUAAGAGAGUGUAAACAAGACACGCCUAUCGGGACCGCUCCCUUUCCCGGGGCGCUGGAGGGCCCGGGCAGGCUAAAGUUUAUAAAGCGGGGAGAGUUGCUUUGCUUUUCGCAGAUGAAGCUCAGCAGUUGAGACGCGCAACCGAUUGAAGUGAAGGGUUUGGUUGGUCUACUUGGUUAGACCGCUUGAAGCAGAAGCAGCAGCGAGAUGGCACCGCCGGAGCUUUAUCACAAAGAGUUUGCCCGGGCAGGCCAGAAGGUCGGGCUGCAGAUCUGGAGGAUAGAGAAAAUGGAACUGGUGCCGGUGCCCGAACCUUUGUACGGCGAUUUCUACGUCGGCGACGCCUACCUGGUGCUGCACACCUUCAAGAAGAGCAACGCCACCUUCUACAAUCUCCACUAUUGGCUAGGUAAAGAAUGUACUCAGGACGAAAGCACUGCAGCAGCUAUUUUUACGGUUCAGCUGGAUGAUUAUCUUGGAGGGAAACCUGUGCAGCACCGAGAAAUCCAAGGUUAUGAGUCCACACAAUUUGUUGGAUACUUCAAAGGAGGCAUUAAAUAUAAGGCAGGUGGCAUUGCUUCUGGUUUUAAGCAUGUAAUUACAAAUGACCUAAGUGCUCAGAGACUACUACAUAUCAAGGGCCGGAGAGUAGUUAGAGCUACAGAAGUUCCUCUUAGCUGGGACAGUUUCAACAAAGGAGAUUGCUUCAUCGUAGAUCUUGGAACGCAUAUCUACCAAUGGUGUGGCUCUACCUGCAAUAAAUAUGAGCGCUUGAAAGCUACUCAGGUUGCUGUGGGCAUUAGAGACAAUGAACGGAAUGGGAGAGCACAGUUGAUUGUUGUGGAUGAAGAAAGUGAACCUCGGGAGCUCCUACAGGUUUUAGGACCCAAGCAAAAUCUUCAGGAAGGCAAUGACAAUGAUGACGAGGCAGCUGAUAUUACUAACAGGCGAAAUGCUAAACUCUACAUGGUGUCUGAUGCCAGUGGCUCUAUGAAGAUUACACUUGUUGCAGAAGAAAAUCCCUUCUCAAGAGCAAUGCUUUUGUCCGAAGAAUGUUUUAUAUUGGAUUAUGGUGCAGCUAGACAGAUUUUUGUAUGGAAAGGUAAAAAUGCUAAUCCAGAUGAGAGGAGAGCUGCCAUGAAAUCAGCUGAGGAAUUUGUUCAGCAAAUGAAUUAUCCUCCCAACACACAGAUUCAGAUUCUUCCAGAAGGAGGUGAGACACCCAUCUUCAAACAGUUCUUUAAAGACUGGAAAGAUAAAGAUCAAAGCAAUGGCUUUGGAAAAGUGCAUGUCAUGGAGAGAGUGGCAAAAAUUGAACCAAUUGAAUUUGAUGCUAGCAAGUUACAUGAAUCUCCCCAGAUGGCAGCCCAGCACAACAUGAUAGAUGAUGGCUCUGGGAAAGUGGAGAUUUGGCGAGUUGAAAGUAAUGGCAGAAUCCCUAUAGAACCUGGUAGCUAUGGGCAGUUUUAUGGUGGUGACUGCUACAUCGUAUUGUACACCUACCCUAAGGGCAAGAUUAUCUAUACAUGGCAAGGAGCUCAUGCAACUAAAGAUGAGCUUACUCAUUCAGCAUUCUUAACUGUCCAGCUUGAUCGAUCACUUGAUGGACAUGCCGUCCAGAUUAGAGUGAGUCAAGGCAAGGAACCUCCACAUUUGUUGAGUUUGUUCAAAGAUAAGCCACUCAUUGUUUAUAAAGAUGGGACUUCCAAGGCUACUGGCCAAGUGCCCCCUCCUGCAACCCGCUUGUUCCAAAUUCGCAGAAACCUUGGAGCCAUCACCAGGAUUGUAGAGGUUGAUGUUGAUGCAAUUUCAUUGAAUUCCAAUGAUGUUUUUGUUUUGAAACUGCCAACUAAGUCUGGAUAUACUUGGAUUGGUAAAGGAGCAAGCAAAGAAGAAGAAAAAGGUGCUAAGUAUGUAGCUGGUGUCCUAAAAUGUCAAACUUCAAGAAUUGAAGAAUGUCAUGAACCCCAGGAAUUUUGGACUGCGCUUGGUGGAAAAAAACAAUACCAAUCAUCAUCCCAUUUGCAAUCUGAAUCAGAAGACCAUCCGCCUCGUCUAUAUGGUUGUUCUAAUAAAACUGGCAGGUUUAUAAUUGAAGAAGUCCCUGGAGAGUUCACUCAGGAAGAUUUGGCUGAGGAUGAUGUCAUGUUGUUAGAUACUUGGGAUCAGGUAUUUGUCUGGAUUGGCAAAGAUGCUAACGAAACCGAACGUGCUGAAUCAGUUAAAUCCGCCAAAAACUACAUUGAGACUGAUCCUUCUGGACGAGAUAAAGGGACUCCAGUUGUUAUUGUAAAACAAGGUUUUGAACCUCCAACAUUCACAGGCUGGUUUUUGGGUUGGGAUUACAACAAAUGGAAGAACUAAUAGCUGCAAAACACUGAAACAUGGAAAAUGUAUCAUAGCUGCACAUUCUCCAACAGUUUUGAGUAUGUGAUUUUAAAGGGGAUUAAAAACAACUAUUAUUGAGAUCUGUGCCUUAAUCUUGGGUAUAUAUUUAGGGAAUAAAACAUAUGUCACAUUCUACAAGCAUAAAUGCAUGCUCCCAGCAUAAUUAGAAAAUGUCUUUUCAUAAAUACAUUGUUCAGGAAGAAAGAAAUCCAAAAUCUCUGGGCAACAUUUAGGGCUAUCAUUGUCCAUUUCACUGACUGAACACCAGAGCUCCACUCUGAAAAGACAUUAUGGAAUUUCAACAGAAUAGCCUUUUUUCUGCCUGUAGCUUGGCUUAUUAUGUACUUUUCUAUUAUUAAUCCCAGUGUGAUUGAGUACUAGCUCAGUAAUUUAUAGCUUUCUAAUUAAGUAUUUAGGAAAGAUUGGUCUGAGUGUCCAGACUUUUUUCCUGACUCAUUAUGUUCGUGCAGUCAUUUUAGUUUUGCUUAUACUUCAAUCAUAAAACAUCUAUUUUUCAUCUAUUUUUAUGCCAAGUCCUGGACAGUAAUCACAAUUUAACUCUUCAAACCUGACAUUUAAAGACCCAGAGAAUUGUAUAGCCCAGAGAAACUCCCAGUUUUUGAAAGUGGCAAUUAUGCAAUACCUGAGCUUGUCUGUCAAUGCUUAGAAAAGGAAAUGAAAAUAGCUGGUUUUAAUAUUCCAAGUUAUUUAAAUACUCCACGAAAUGUUGCAUCUUAUAAAGCUCUAUAGGAAGAAAACUAUACACUGUUGCUCAGAACGAAGAUUUGCCAAAAACAACGUUAUUUAUAUUUCUUUGUCAUCUGAACAUUUUAGAAAAACUUUGAUCUACCAUGCUUCUCUUCUGAUCCUUUAUACAAACACAAAAUUACAAUGUGAUGACCAUUAGAUGGCAGAAAAGAAAUAUAGAAAAAUUCAUUAGUUACUAUUGUUUAUUGAGAUUUUUGCAGUACUGAUCUGGUAAUCCUGUAUUUACUGAUUGUAAGAAUUAUAUUUUCAAUAGUAGUAUUAAUUUUUUUGUCUCCAGUUUAAGAUGCUCUGAAUUAUUUACAUUCUAGAGCUUGUAGCACUUAUGAGUAACAAAACUAUUAUGCAUUAUUAAUUGGAUUGGUAUUUUUAGAUCUAUUUACUAUAUGUUCAGUUUCUGAUUAAGAAAACGUUAUGGAAGCCUGCUUUGACCUAUAAUUCUUUCUUCCUUGACAUGACCAACUAUAGUAAGUAUUAAGUUUGAUGAGAACAUGAAGGCUCAAGAUGAAUAUGUUAUCAAAAAGUGGGAAUAAUUGUUCAGUUUUUUAUUUGUGAGGGGGAGCUUAUAGUAAAUGAAACAUGAGAUAUGCUUUUAAAUAUGAAUUUUAUACUUCCAAUUAAUAAAGCCUCUUAAUCAAA